AUGUGGCUGUGGCAGCCUACCGGAGACCUGGGUCGCUCAACACCUUUCGCCUGCGUGAGGUCCCCGAUAAAAUGGCAACGCAAAAAACGAGACCACGUUUUUACUCCUCGACUCAACCCGAGUAUUUGCCAUGGUUUUUACAUCACACCGGCAGUUUUUAAUACAAACACCAGUGUUUUGCGCACCCUUUUUAAAUCGUCUGGUGGCCGCGGAGGUUUUUGCCUGAUAUUUUCGCCUGCAUCCAGUGGUGUGUGUGACAAACAAUCACCGUACAUUCCGGAAGCAUUCCACAUCCCCCCUGACGGCCGUAAGAGGUGUCGCGAGGCGUCCCGAUCGGAAUUCCUGAUUUCAAGAUAUCCACACCUCUCUCUCCAGGAUGAAUAUGUACCCAUGGUAUCGCGAUUCCGUCGGAGGCCAACUAGGCCAAUUAUGUGGCCCAAUGGCCACCACCAUCAAGACUGAAAACGGUUACAACGACUGCAUGUUAGCCUUAGACUACGCCA